AUGUUCCUUUGUCUUACCGAGAUCGAGGGUCACCCAUAUUUAGAAUUCUCGAGUGGGGAUGUUGGUGCUGGAUCUGUGCCAAUGGAGUUCUGGAGACGUAGCCCGAAUUGGAUUUGGGCGGAUUCUGAUGACACUGAAGGCACCGAUAAGGACACUCUGUUUCGUGCAUUCAAAGUCGAUAACAAGACCAUAGCUCUGCUCAACUUAGGCAACAAAAUGUUCUGCAAGCGCCUCACAGACGAGGGAAAGACCAGUUGCCUUAAUGCAGCCGUCCCUUCUACUACUGGAGAAGCCUACCUACGUGUUCAAGAGCCUGUGUUGUCAAGGACGAUUUAUAAUUUCCGAUACGACACCGAAAAUGCUCGGGUCUAUAACGAACAGGUCGUUCUUGUGGCCAAGAAUUCCGCCACCAACAGGACCAAUCAAGCCAACACAUUCGAUGUGAAACUUUCUUAUACAGAGACCAGCACCAGUACUUGGCUAGCUCAUUUUACUCUUGGUCUUGAAGCCAAAGUCUCCUUCCAAGUCAGGGUUCCAUUCAUCAGCGAAACGGGUGUCGAAAUAUCUUCCGAAUACGAAACAGGAAUCGAGUGGGGAGAGACCACUACGACGGCCACCAUGAUGGAAGUUAACCACCAAGUUUAUGUGAAACCGAUGACUAAGGUGACGGUGUAUCUAAUGAUGAGCCAUGGCAUGUGUGAUGUUCCCUUCGUAUUCACUCAAAAAGACACUCUUUAUAAUGGGACCGUUGUCACAACUGAUGUUAUUGGUAACACUUUCACCGGUACUAAUUACUACAACAUCCAAUAUGAGACCAAAGAAGAACCUCUCAGCUCUUGA